AUGUACCUGCAGACACAGAUAAAGCCUAACCCUGGUGUUUUCCACUGGAAGGGAGGGAAAGUGGGCAAUUCCCUCACCUAUUCCAGUUUUCCAACUUGCUCCCACUCUCUGUACCUCUUGUUUCCAGGACCCCAGGCCGGAACCAGAGAAAGUCUGGGGGUGGGCAGGGUGCCCAUGUGGCCUCUCUGGACCAUCCUCCUGCUGGUGCUGCCCUUGGGAGGCCUAGGACCACCCUUCUGCCCAAGGGAGACUUUCUGCUUCCUCAUUGCCAUCAUGAAGUUGCUGGGAAGCAAAAAUGAUGGUACUCUUUACACCGCAGAUGAUCUUUUGAUCAUUCUGUCCCCACGGGUGUGUCCUGCUGAGGCUCUAGGCUGCUUCUGGCUGGAGCUGUCUGUGAUUGGGUUUGAGGAGGGCCUAUCCAUGGAGACUGCUGUGUUCCGGCUACAGCACCUAUUGGAUGUCCUCAGGUCCUGGCUGUGGGUGACUGGCUGGGGCCCUUGUCCACCCUGUGGAGGACACCCUCAGAGACCUGUCCAUCUUUUUCUGGCCAAACUCUUGGAGUUAUUACAGGGUGCUUGUGCUCAGCAUCUGCCCUCAGCACGAACCUGGGAGGAUACAGACUCCCUGGUACUCCCGGAGAGGCUGCGUGGAGAGAGGGAGAGGAGAUUCGGUCUUCAGCCCCAGUUCCCAAACCCCAAGCCUUCUCCUUCUAGGCCAGAGGAUCUCACCCAGAGCCCCAGAAGCCAGGGGAAGAGGAGAGAAAGUAAAAAAUAA